AUGCUGACUUUACUAGAUAUACAAGUGAACGUUCCAGGGUCUGAAACCGGAUCCGGAAUUAUCAAGUACAUAGGCCCCAUCCGUGGGAAACUGGGAACAUUCGCAGGAAUAGAAGUUGACCCAACAAUAGCAGCUACAAGAGGCAGAAACAACGGUGAUGUUGAAGGAGUGCAAUAUUUCGAGGUCUCUCUACAAGGCUCAGGCUUGUUCUUGCCUUGGGAGCGGCUCCGGUCGGUGAAUUCGCACCUACCACCUAAUAUACGGCCAAUAAGUAGAAGUGCCAGUACUCACGAAAAGCUAAGCACGCCUUCUCCCACGUCUCGAGCAAUACAUCUGCGCGUAUCGAGCUCUGCGGGGACAGAUGAUAGAAUUGUAUUUGGCAGAGAAAGCCCACUCAUGGCUGCGCCAAAGCUAAAUAUACCUAAACGUAGAGUAUCCUCUAGAGACCACCAAAGACCUCCAACACAAGGCACACGAGCCACUUCCACUGGUGGGUUGAUCAGUGCGCUACCUGAAAAUGGACUUGAAAGUGCCAUUGAGGGCCUCAGGAAAGAACUCGAUGCCACGAAACUGCUACUAGAAAGCAAACAAGAUGCUCUCAUGAAGAAAAAUGCUGUUCUUGAGGACCUCCAGGCCACUGUCAACGAAAUCAACCCACUUCUACGAGAGUACGAGGCGUCUCUUGCUGAGAAGGAUAAGAAAAUGCAGAAACAGAAACAUGAAUACGAGGCUGCAAGAGAAGAAUGGCGCCAGAGCUUGGAGUUGAUGCUCAAUGCUCAGCAAGAAACCGAGCUGCUUUAUGAACUGGAGCUUGCUGAUUUGAAAGAAGAAAUGAAGAAGCUAGUUACGAGCAGAAGCAGUCCUCUGCGAAGCAGAGCUCAUGAGACUGAAUUGGCAAACCAGGUACGUCAGUUAAAGAGAGAGAACGAAAUCCUACUAUCACAAGUACAAGCGGUCCAAGAUGGAGACGGAAAAUCCGGAGACGUGACUUCAUAUAUACACCGUAUUGAGGAUCUAGAGGUAGAGCUUGAGAGAACAAUGAGAGACCUCGCGUCGACCAGAGACUCUCUUGAGUCUGCUGGCAGUGAAAUCAGCGCAAGCAAAAUGAUUAUUUCCGAAUUGAAAGAUCGGAAACUGGCUGUCUCCAGCGAUCGCGAUGACUUGGUUGAGAAUAUGAAGACUCUAUCAGUUCAAGACUGGGAGCUGCAAAAAUCUGAGUUUGAGGCUAAGAUCGAAAAGUUGGAGGGAGCUCUCGCAAUAGCAGAAAAUGCUUCACUGAAGCACACAAUUGCCGAAACAAAUGAGAAAAUGCAGCUUGAAUACGAAGCAAGAAUCAAGGAAUUGGAAGCACAAGCGACUAGCAGUGCAGAUCUAAUAUCAGAAUUGACGAACAAGCUCAGAACCUUCGAAGCUGGUCAUACGGUGGCUUCAGAAGCACACAAAGACACACGAGAAUUGUCAGAGGCUCAAGAACAGAUCAAAGAAUUGAAAUACCAAUUAGAAUUGAGACCAUCUUUUCAGGAGCUCACCGAACUUCAAGUGGCCAUGGAUGAAGUGGAAACCUUGCAUAAACUGCAAUUGGAUUUCAAAGAUGACAAAAUCGCCCAACUUCAAAAGAGAUGUGAAGAGUUGGAAAUUGGCGCGAAAAGUCUCAAGCCUACAGAAGUGGAUCCUCCAGCAGAAGCUCUGAUAAAAGCUCCUCAACCUACCAUCGAAAGCAGCUCAGCAUCCUUGCCAAAGCCACUUGAAGUGUAUGUGCCUUCACGCACAACAGACGCAAGUGCUGGAAGAGACAAUUGGUGUGGUUUAUGCGAGAGAGAAGGACACGGCAGUUUAGAAUGUCCUUACGAAAACGAUAUGUUCUAA